CCGCUGUCGGAGUGGGACGCGCAGCACGCGGCGCCCGGGGUCAGUGGAGCUAGCUGCGGCGGCCGAGGCGGCCGAGCCCCGCUGCACGCGCCGCCGUCCUAUCACACCUGCCAUCGGUGAGAGUGAGUGCCUCGGCGGCAGAGCCGGCCGCCGCCACGGCCGCUCAGUCGGGCCCGACACAGUGGCACGGUGCACGACGCUGCCACCGAGCCGGCGAGCGGCAGCCACCAUGGCGCUGGCACGCGCCGCCCCGCCGCUGCUGCUGCUGCUGCUGCUCUCGGUCGGCGCCGCCAGCGGCCAGCUGCAGAGGAGCGCCGACGAGGACCAGCAGCUGCGCCAGCUUGUGCGCGAGGCCGUCAGCGACGCGCUGCGGUCGCAACUGGGCGAGUACCGCUGCGGAGGCGGCAACAUCAGGAAACGACAGGCACCGGGGGUGAGCCUGCAGUCGGUAGCGGACGAGCUGAGUCUGCAGCUGAAAGACACCAAGGAGGACAUCUCGUCCCAGCUACAGGACACGCGCGACACCGUCCAGACCAAGGUGGCCGAGAUGACGGAGGCGAUGCGCCAGCAGGGCGGCCAGUGCACCUGCGUGGAGCAGCUUCGCGCGCUGCAGCAGGACGUGCAGCGCCAGUACGACGCGCUGCUCAAGUCGGUGGUCGAUAUCGCCGAGAUCACGAUCGGCACGCAGCAGACGGUGCGACAGCAUCUCAACAACAUCACGGCCACGGUGGCCGCGCUGGGCCGCAACAUGACGACCAUGGUGCGCGGCACGGCCGCCCCGCCGGCUGACCCGGACAUGCGGCUGGCGCUGCUGAGCGACUCGUUCGCGCGCUACGCGAACCGCUCUCGGCGGCAGCUGGCGGCGCUGACGGCCGGCCAGGAGCGCAGCGCGGCCCUGCUCAGCAUGGUGGCCAACCAGUCGCAGGCGGCCGCGCGGCUGCCGUGCGCCGGCCCGGCGCGCGACUGCGCCGACCUGCGCCGCCAGGGCUUCACGGCCAGCGGCGUGUACGCCAUCCGUCCGGACUUGGGCAGUGCGCGGCUCGUCUCCGUCUACUGCGACAUGACGACGGCCGGCGGCGGCUGGACGGUGCUGCAGCGGCGCGCCGACCUCAGCGCGCACAUCGACUUCUUCCGCGGCUGGGCCGAGUACCGGCGCGGCUUCGGCAACCGCAGCGGCGAGUUCUGGCUGGGCAACGAGCUGAUCCACCAGCUCACCUGGCAGCGCGACAUCACGCUGCGCCUGGACAUGGCCGACCUGGAGGGCAACCAGCGCUACGCCGAGUACAGCGGCUUCUCGGUGAGCCCGGAGACGGACCAGUACCGGCUCACGGUCGGCCCCUACUCGGGCACGGCCGGCGACGGCCUCAGCCGCGCCAACGGCGUCGGCUUCACCACGCGCGACGUCGACAACGACCAGUACACGGCUGGCAACUGCGCCGAGCUCUACAAGGGCGGCUGGUGGUACGACGCGUGUCACAACGCCAACCCGAACGGCCUCUACCUGCGCGGCCCGCACGGCAGCUACGCCGACGGCGUCAACUGGCGCUUCUGGCGCGGCUACCACUACUCACUGCCCAGCAUAGAGAUCAAGAUGAGGCCCAGCGGCUUCCGGCUACCGUGAGGCUCCCUCGGGCGGCCGCGCGGCACGGCGCCGACCCGUGUUGUGUUUUGUUGAAGUCGCUCCGGAGGGACGGGUCAGGGCUGACCUGCUGUGUGAGACGCCCCGUGAGGAGUGGUGACAGGGCGAGGGGGCGGAGACUACCUAGUCGACAGCAGGACGAUGAUGCGGGUUGGGUCACCGGUCAGGUGACAGCAAAUCAUGGAGAGAAAGGACUCCGAGAUGUCCGAAAUAUAAUUAUCCUAGAUAAGCUAAGCGACAGCAUAGAAACAUCAUUUGACUUUCAUCUGUACAAAAUUUCUCCGAAGUUAUUGGAGUGAGAGAGUUGAGCUCAUUGAACAUAUCGAUGCCUGUUGCAUUAUUGUAUGCAUAGGAGGAUCAAUACAUUGAGUGUAAAUGGGGUUAGCCCUUCUGAGGA